AUGGACUUCAUCAAGCUUCCUUGCCAGAGUGUGAGGCGUCCAGCGCGCACAAAUGCUAACCCCCACGACAGGGCCAGGGCUGCCGGACACCGUUGCGGAAAAAGUAAAGCGGGGGGUUGCUGUCAAAUUUGUCGCCGGCGCUUCUGGCUGGCGAGUCUUUGUGCCUUCUUGCUGCUUAUACCUGCAGACUGCGGAGGCGGUCUGCGUCCACUGACCGGAGGGCAAUACGGCGCAGAUACGGAGCCGCCGUUGCUGGACGACUUGGCGGAGGACCAGGUCGAGCAGGAAGCCCGCAAAUUGGGUGCAAUGGACCAGCCUAGUUACUUCAUGCACUUCUGGGACAGGAUAUUGCGCACAUGGGGCAUGUGCAGAGGCCUCCUCUUUCGGGGAAACCAUGUCCUGACGGCACUCGAUUGCAUUGCCAACAUGGGACUGGACAUUGUCGCCGAGUCUAAUGGCAACGCCCUUGCGUCUGACCUGACGGGACUCCCUAUCGGGUGGCCAGUGUUCGAACGCGGUCAGUUAGGACUUGGCGCUGAUGGCCAGGCCCUCGUUGUCGCGACAAUUCCAGGGCACAACUUUGAAGACACUCCAGUACUUGCCGCCAAUAUGCCGGGACAUGGCGUGAGGCCGCACCAGAGAUUGCUCGGCUACGACAUGCGAGAGCAUUUCCCUGCUGUACCGCUUCUGGCGGUGAAUUAUACGGCGUGCCAAGGGCCCGGCUUGGUGGGAGAAAGCGGCUUCUGUGCUCUCCUGCCACCUGGGGGGACCAUGCCAGGGGACAUUCCGCUCAUGCUGGUUUUCGACGAGGAGAGCGUCAGGACGGGGGCGCUGGCGACGCACCUCCUCGUCGGAGCAUGUUUGCGCGUCAAAAUUUCUUCUGAUGCCACCAUUCCUGAAGGGCGCUACAAAGGUUGGAUGGCCAUCUCUUGCCUUCCGAUCGACAAGUUAUCGGAAUGGUUGGAAGAGGUUACACGGCCUGUGGCACGCAACAAGCCCCCCCCCCCAGGAGUCGAGGACUACUUGAAGACAACCGUGGCACUGACGGCGAUUUGGCUGGCCCUGGAGGUCCUCAAGCGGAUUGCAGCGUUUCUCGUGUUUGCUGCAUAUGAUCACCUGGCCCUGGACAGCUAUGUCUUGCGGAAUUGA